AGACCUCAGCCAUGAGAACUCUCAUCCUGGCCUUCCUUGGCAUCUGCUGUCUUGCUGUGUAUGCUGUGGAAGGUGUGGGAAGUGAAGUCCCAGAUAAGAGUAUUUGUGUGAGUCUAACUACCCAGCGACUGCCAGUUAACAGAAUCAAGACCUACACCAUCAAGGAGGGCUCCAUGAAAGCAGUAAUUUUUAUUACCAAACGUGGCCUAAAAGUCUGUGCUGAUCCUCAUGCCAAUUGGGUGAAGGCAGCAGUCAAGAGCGUGGACAGCAAGUCCAAAGCCAGAAGUAACGUGAUGCAGACCAGGCCUACAGGAACCCAGCAAUCCACCCAUACAACUGCAACCUUGACUGGGUAGUGGCCUCCUGGCACCCUGUCCCCUCUCUAGCCAGCCAGCUCAUUUCACUUUCCAGGCUCACAGACUAAUUAGGUUAUACUCACCUUUUACAAAAAUGCUGCAUGAGUCAAGUUAUUUUCUUGUAUUUUUAUUUUUUAAUGUUUUUCUUAUUCCUUUAUAU